GGACCUCGAUUACUACGGAAAGGGACCCCGAACGGAGUUAGGCUGCGGGCGCGUGCCUGCGCUCAGGGAGUGCCGACCUCCCUGCUCUUCCAGACCCUGAGUGAUGUAGACGAUUCAGAUCCAAACCUCUGGAGACACCGUUUAUCUCACUGAGCGCCUUUUCGCCCCUUAUAUCUUCCUAGUCCUGCUGACUUCCUUGGCGUCUCUGAGGCUGCUAGUCAGGCAGUCUGUUGGGCACUCCAAGCGCGGGGUCCUCGCCGCUUUCUCUGCUGCUUCAGCUUCGGUCCAGAGAGGACCCGGCACCGAAUCACUGACUCGCCCUGGUGUCAGGAAAAUGAUCCACAGUCUAUUUCUCAUCAACUGCUCUGGCGACAUAUUUCUAGAAAAACACUGGAAGAGCGUGGUAAGCCAGUCUGUCUGUGACUAUUUCUUUGAAGCUCAGGAGAAAGCUGCGGAUGUUGAAAAUGUCCCACCUGUCAUUUCAACACCUCACCACUACCUCAUUAGUAUCUACCGGGAUAAGCUCUUCUUUGUGUCUGUCAUACAGACGGAAGUGCCACCUCUCUUUGUAAUUGAGUUUCUGCAUCGAGUUGCUGACACUUUUCAGGACUACUUUGGUGAGUGUUCAGAGGCUGCAAUUAAGGAUAAUGUGGUCAUAGUGUAUGAGCUCUUGGAAGAAAUGUUAGACAAUGGAUUCCCACUGGCUACUGAAUCUAACAUUUUGAAAGAACUAAUUAAACCACCAACAAUUCUACGUUCCGUCGUCAAUUCUAUCACAGGCAGUAGUAAUGUUGGGGACACACUCCCCACCGGGCAGCUAUCCAACAUCCCAUGGCGUCGAGCAGGAGUAAAGUACACAAACAAUGAAGCCUAUUUUGAUGUAGUUGAAGAAAUAGAUGCAAUUAUAGAUAAAUCAGGAUCUACAGUCUUCGCAGAAAUUCAAGGGGUCAUUGAUGCUUGCAUUAAGCUCUCUGGAAUGCCUGAUCUCUCGCUCUCUUUCAUGAAUCCAAGACUUCUAGAUGAUGUCAGCUUCCACCCGUGCAUCCGGUUCAAACGUUGGGAAUCAGAAAGAGUUUUGUCAUUUAUUCCUCCGGAUGGGAAUUUCCGACUCAUAUCAUACCGUGUCAGCUCACAGAAUCUAGUGGCAAUACCAGUGUAUGUGAAACACAGUAUCAGUUUUAAGGAAAACAGCUCUUGUGGCAGAUUUGAUGUAACGAUUGGACCAAAACAGAAUAUGGGAAAAACUAUUGAAGGAAUCACAGUGACUGUUCACAUGCCAAAAGUUGUGCUGAACAUGAACCUGACACCAACACAAGGCAGCUAUACAUUUGAUCCAGUAACCAAGGUACUAGUAUGGGAUGUGGGGAAAAUUGCUCCACAGAAGCUCCCAAGUCUUAAAGGACUGGUAAAUUUGCAGUCAGGUGCUCCCAAGCCAGAAGAGAACCCCAGCCUCAACAUACAGUUCAAGAUCCAGCAGCUUGCUAUUUCAGGCUUAAAAGUGAACCGCUUGGACAUGUAUGGGGAGAAAUAUAAGCCAUUUAAAGGAGUCAAAUAUGUCACAAAAGCUGGGAAGUUUCAAGUGAGGACAUGAGAAGAAGCCAAAAUUCCUCAAGAUGUUUGUUUUCAAGUGUCAUUACAAUUUAUUACUCUUAGGUACCCAGUGGGUGGGAAUACAUAUAAAGCAUUUGUGUCCGGCUACGCUGCUAACAGAGUUGCUUAGUAUCAAUGUAGGGUUCUUAAGGAGCUUUAAGCUAAGGAAGUUUUCUAAAGACUUAGCUUAUUUUGUAUCUUUUCACUUAGGAAAAGAUUUAGAUUUCUUCCAAGGGGGCUACCAGCUGAGUGCCGCACAUUGUAACAGUAAAGGCAGAGGGCUGCCUCAGCCUCUCUCCUAAAGCCAGUGCUGUGGUCUCCUCCACCAGCAGAACUGGUGUGCGUCGGGUGCAACGAAGUGUCACACCUUCUGAUCUUAGCCAUCUAAAUCAGUGUCUGUCCCACCAGAGGAGAUCACCCCACCCCACGAAGUUUACAGAAAACUGCCUCUUCCAGUGUUCGCCUUACUCAGCCUUUCACUUGUGCCAUUAAGCAAGCACUGUAGCAAAAGCCACUUUCACAUGGCCCUGGCAAGGAGCACUGCUGCUCCGUGCUCCAUUCUCACUGUACUUGGUAUUCUAUUUUUUAUAAAUAAGAUUUUUAUGUAAAGCUCAGAUUUUGAUUUACAAGGACCUUGCUGCAGUAGAUACACCAUCAGCUGCUAGAUAGACAGUCAACAUCAUUUGCAUCAAAGGGGCAAAUACUUCAUUAAGAUAAUAAAAGGGAACACUACUUUUGCUUAUAGGAAGUUAUUGCAGGACAAGUGUUUGUGCUUUUAAACAAAUUAAAGUAGUAAAAGAGAAAAUUAAGCAAAACCUUGCCAUUUUCAUGUUUUAGUAAAGCUUUAUCUAAUACCACUGUAACCUAGUUAGCCUCAAAGUCUCGUGUCAGUUCAGCAAGCAGAGACAAGUGUGUCUGCUUCACUACUGCUGUUCUUCUCGUCUCAGCCUUUUGUCUUUCUGUGCUUAAAUGGCUGGAUUUACCUGUAUGCCCUGUAUUUGGAGGAGCUCCUUUAAGGCCACUGUGAUAGGCACCUUUCCUAAACGUCCCACCUUGUCAAAAUGCGACUGAAGCA